AUGGCCAGAAAUAACAAUGAUAAGCGUAGUUUGAUUAUUCUUGGAAAUAGUGGUGUUGGAAAAAGUUCCUUGGCUAAUAUUUUACUCGAUGGAGAAGCAUUCAAACAUGAAUUUUCUGCUCGAUCUGUUACACAUGAAACAGAAUUUCAAGAGAUUACAAUAAAUGAUCAAGAUUAUGCUAUCUUUAAUGUUCCAGGUUUAAUUGAAGCUGAUCAGGUACCAAAACAAUAA